CAAGUUUAUUGAUUAACUCAUUUCUAUGGAGGAAUUUUAUGGAAGACUUCAAAGACGAAAAUUCAGUUCAUUGGUCUUGUCAUGUACAAUUCUUUCUUUCUUACUAAUUGUCUGCAAGAAGUAUCAUCACCCUUCCAUUUCCUUUCCUUGUGGGAGCUGUAGGCAUCUAUGGCAACCCAGGAAAUUGAGACAUCGAGUGGAUGGCCACUAGGGCUAGAGAUCAUGAACAUGAGGCUUCAAGUUCGAGUUAUGGAAAGUGUACAGGCUGCUCCUGCAGAACUAUAUUCAAAUGCACGCUCGCGAUCGCCCAGUUUUUCUUCAUUCUCAUCCUCCAACCUUGAUACUGAGUCCACAGCAUCCUUCUUCCAAGACCAUAGUGUGUCAUUGGGCCGGCUAAUCGGAAUCCGACCAGGCAAUGGAGACUUUUACUUCCCUAGAAGAAUUCACUUAGAUGAAUGGGAAGGGAAAUCUGUAAGGUCAGUCAACUCUGAAGUUUCCACAACACACAGAUCAGAAAUGUCUCAAGGAAUUUGCAUUCCCCUACUAGAAAAGAUGAGCAGAAGCAGGAGCAAAACAAAACGAUGAGUUUUAGUGGUAAGGGCGUAACAAAGGGAAUAAACACCAUUCAAUUCUGUUCUGCUAUGUUCUGUAUUCAGAAGAAUCUAUUGUACAUUGUCAAUUGAUUUUCUAAUUCACACUCAAAAUGGAGAGCAUUGUUUCUGUUUUUGCAUUUA